GCGUGCGCGCCCGCCGACGGAGAGGGACGCUGGCGACGCGGGGCGCGGCGUCGGCCUCGAGGAGGCGCACCGCCCGGAGCCCGACCCGCCCGCGCGCGCCGCCGAGCAGGAAGCCUCGGGGUCGGCAGGCGGUCGCGCUGGCCAGCAGGAGCGGGGCUCGGGCUCGUGGCAGUGGAAGCCGCGCCCCGAGCAUGGAGGAGGCUACGAAGGCUCCGACCGCGUCGAGCGGCCGUCGGCCCGGCGGGCGCUGUCGGCCACGGAGCGGCAGGCGCUGCGGCUGCCCGCGCUCGACGAAGAGCGCGAGGCGCGGGAACGCCAGCAGCUGGAG